AUGUUGUUGGCGCUGGUCGUUGUUGCUGCGUUAGUUAAUAUAAUCGCUAAAACUAAUAACUUUAAUAUAAAAACAUCAAAAUACAGAGACUUCGACGUGAGGGUGAGGAGACACGCCGAUAUUGAUAGUGUUCUGUUCAGAAGAAUAGUCGACGGCUUGGGACAAGGAGAUAUCAAGGUUUCCGAACGAACUAAAGCUAUCGGAGAUCAUGAAAUUGUUGAUAGAAUAAAUUUUCUUAAGAAAUCAAAACCGGAGCAGAGUUUGGAAGGAAAGGAAAGGAGAGCUUCAAAUGAAAUUGAAAAAUAUUUGAUAAAGAACGAAGAGGGAGACGGAUUUCAUUCAAAAAAUGUCAUCGACCCGAAGACGGAGAGAGUAAAGCGACACGCAUCACUCGGGAGCGGCAUCGGCAGCUUCUUCAGCAACAUCUACAACAAAAUGUACGACUUGACGCACUCGCACACGAAAAACCAAACUCACUCACCGUACACCGACUUUAAUAUAUAUAACAACGCAUCAUACAAUUUAAAUAACCAUCCGCUUUAUAACUACAGCGCAAAUAAUAACUUUCCGGCUAAACCCUAUUCCUAUCAUUACACUAACUCGUACAGUAACACAAACGCUAACAACAAUAACUUGGCCAAUUACAAUGGCCCAUACGAUCCUUACCCCGGAUAUAACACAAAUAACUAUAAUAAUUAUUACAAUCAAAACGCUCAUCCGAACAAUAACUUAAAUAACCCCGGUUACACAAAUAACUAUUCCAACUAUUAUUCAAACCCGUACAGUAAUCCAAACGGUUAUAAUCCAUACAAUAGUUAUCCCAAUAAUAACUUAUCCAACAGCAACCUAGCAUACAAUCCUUACCCCGGAUAUAAUCCAAAUAAUAACCUAAAUAACCCAGACUACAAAAAUAACUAUUCCGAUUACGCCAACACAUAUAACCAAAAUAACUCAAAUAAUGAUUUAAUUCAUAAAAUGACCAGCUCGAAUAAUGACAACGAAGACAUUUCAAGUACGACGGAGAUUAUAAUCAACCAAGGCAUGAUCCUGGGCGGGAUCGGGUGUCCCAGGAACCACAGGCGAGUGGCGUUUGUAUGUGUCCCCACACACGGCUAG